AAACAUCACACGAUCAAAAACAAACUGAACAACAACAAACUGUACAACAACAACAAGAUCAAGAGCAUUCACAACAACUAGUGGAAGCUACAAAAGACAACGCAGCGGAUCAGACAGACGACAGUCUAGCCACCAUGCCGGAGCUGAAAGUACUCGCCGGGCCCGUGCAGCCCGUUAAGAUUGAAACCGUUGAGCAGCCACACGAUGAAUCCGACUUGUCGGUGGUCAAAAAGAAGUCACCGCAUCUCAAGAAACUGGUGCGCAAAAGUUCCAUUGACAAGGGCAAGGAAAAGGUACCAAGUGAUCCGAGUAACAACAAGCUGAACAACAUACUCAAGGAUAAAAACAAGAUCAGCAAUCUAACCGAUAGACUCGCGAAGCUAACGCCGCCUAAAAAACAAACCAAGCCCAAGGAACAGUCGUCAACAACAGUUGCAGACUCCACACAAGAACAACAGGAGAAUGUUGAAAUUCCCGAGCAAAAAGUAGAAAACGAAGUGGAAGCCGAAGCGGAGCCGGAACCGGAACCAGAGCCAGUUGUUGAACCCGCGCCUAAGCCAAAGAAACCGCGACAGAUCAAAAAGAAAGUGAUCAUCAAGCGACAGCAGCGACGUCUCUCCAUCGGCGACACAUUCUUCAUACAACAGGAACCCGAGGAGCCCAAGGUGCCCGAAAUCGAGACCAUCGAGAAGGCAAUUGCCUAUGUGACCGACGACGAAGAGGAUCUUGAACCGCUGCCAGAACAAGAGCCAGCCAAGCCACUGAAAUCCUGCCUACAUGUGCGUGAAUAUAAGAUUGGUGAUUUGAUACUCUAUGCGGAGCGUUAUCGUAAGACCCAAGUGCGCUGGAAACGUGGACGUGUUUUGGAGCGCAUCACGAGCAUUUCGUAUAAGCUUGAGAUCGAGGGCAAGGAAGUGCCGGCCCACAUCAGCUACAUUAAGAAGUACACGGGUCGCAAGGUCAAAUUCGUGGGCAAAGAAUAUCUAGACAUUGACUACGAGCAAGUAGUUGAGGAGGAGCGACGUGCACGCAGCUACAGCAUAUGGAAUAUGGUCUAAAAUAAAAACGGACUCAACUUUAAUCUGGAAAGUGUCUCCUCUGUGUACCCAAGAGAAAUGUGAUCGUCGCCCUUGAGUGGAAUUAAAGAGUUCCAUUGGUAAAAUGUGAAUUUUUUAAGGAUCUCGAAUAAUGACAUUCAGUUAUUGUAUAGUGUUUGUCUCUAUAGCUAGUUAGUUACUAUAUAACAGAUUAUAUAGUUGUACCACCUAAUUUAUGAUUACCAAAUCUGUGUAGUUUAGUUAUCCUAGUGUUUAGAUAUAUGUAUAUAUUAGCUGUAUGUAUGUAUGUACUUUGUAAAAUUAUUCCAAAGAAUUCAGCAACUCGCUCGUUUUCGCUAAACACACAAAAUAAUGAGAACGAACUGUCGUUGCUCGCUGCUAAAGUGACGAGUAGAAGAAGUAACGAAUUUGUUAUAAAAUUUCACGUUGCCUUUCGUUUUAACAGUUUAGUUUACAUUCUAAGCAAAUUAAUUGUUAAAUAAAGAUUUGAAAAU